AUGCUGUGUUGCUCCAUGUGGCUCCUGCUCCUCCUCUGCGUCUCCACAGCUGCUGGAGUCCCGGUGAAUCCGCCUCAGGCUGGUGCUGCUCCUGCUGCCACAGGUGGUGGGAACGUUUCCAUCGAGCUUGGGUCGCCGCAGAGAGACGACCCGGAAACUUUAGAGGAGCUUCAAGAAGACCUGAUUGUCCAAGAAGGAGACAUUCUGAUGCCGGAGGUCAGGAACGCUGUGUCUAGCCUGUGGCCGGACGCCAUCGUCCCUUACGCCCUCAGUCGGGACCUGGCUGAUCGAGAGUCAGACAUGGACGCUGCCUUCGCAAUGAUCUCAAGCGUUACAUGUAUUCGCUUCAAAAAACACGACAAUGAAUUUAACUACCUGAACAUCAUGAAAGGAAAAGGCUGUGCGUCCUUCGUGGGCUGUCAGGGAGGAGCCCAGUCGCUGUAUUAUGGUCUGUCCUGCAGAGUGGGGAACCUUUGCCACGAGCUGCUCCACGCACUGGGAUUAUAUCACGAGCACACCCGCGACGACCGGGACCAGUACGUCAGCGUGCAGUGGCAGAGAAUCGAACAGGGGAAACAAAAUAACUUCAAGGUGAAACAUGGGGACACUCAGAAUCUGCCGUACGACGUGGACUCCAUCAUGCACUACGGAUUGUAUUUCUUCAGUCAGGACGGGGGUCCCACUUUACUGCCAAAUAAGGGGGGGGAGCAGAUGGGUCAGAGGACGCAUCUCACCCAGCUGGACAUCCAGAGAAUCAACUCACUCUACCACUGUGACGAGCGGAUGAAACCACACUGAGCGGGUUCGCUGCUGGUUUGGGCCUCGAGAUUUAAUAAAAAUCAUAUUUAUGAACAAAGAA